GCUAUUCAUACGAGCCUGUCUAUCCGAAUGCCUCCAGCUGAAAACCACGUUUGUACGCUAGGUCGUUGAUGAUUUUGGCGUCCUACCCUUGUUGAUGGUAGAUCAUGAAACUCAGCGUCACUUGCAUUUUUGACUGAUUUGGCGGGGUAACCCGUAAAAUUGAGCAUAUCAUCGUAUCAAGCAGCAGAUUGCAUGUGUUACGGGAGUUACCACUGACCCGCGUGAUAUUCUGUUGCUAAAUCCCUGGGAUCUCAUUAACUUAUAUUCGAUGCAGCAAAUUUUUGUUUGCUGAUAACUCCUGGUGAAUGUCUUUAACAAAUUAGCAAAAAUGACCAUGGCAAGUCUGUUAUCGUUCACCAACCCUGCGGUGAAGCGACUGCUAGGGUGGAAACAGGGAGAUGAGGAAGAGAAAUGGGCUGAAAAAGCUGUGGAUUCGCUUGUGAAAAAGCUUAAGAAAAAGAAAGGUUCAAUGGAGGAACUUGAAAGAGCUCUGAGCCGUCCAGGAGAGGCCAGCAGAUGCGUGACUAUUCCUCGUUCUUUAGAUGGAAGACUGCAAGUAUCGCACAGGAAAGGUUUGCCACAUGUUAUAUACUGUCGGGUUUGGAGAUGGCCUGAUCUCCAAAGCCACCACGAAUUGAAGGCUUUAGAUCACUGUGAGUACGCAUUCGGAACAAAACAAAAAGAGGUCUGCAUCAACCCAUAUCACUACAAGAGAGUUGAAAGUCCAGUAUUACCACCAGUACUGGUACCAAGACAUAGUGAAGGUAUACCAUCCCAUAGUCUACUUCCAUUUCGUAAUGUACCAGAACCUGCGUACCCGCAUAAUGCAACUUAUCCCCAGAGUUUCCAGAAUCCACCUAUGCCACCGGGGAGUGGAGGAGGAGGUUCGUCUCAAUCGUCAGCACACCCACAGCCAUCACCAGCUCAGUACACAGCCAGGAAGCCUUUUGACAUGCCCGAAACACCUCCACCGGCAUAUUCAAGCAUGUCACCUGAGGACCAAAACCCGAGCCAAGACCAGCCAAUGGAAACGAAUACGCCUCAAAUAGGACCACAGCAGUCUCCUGGACCAAAUAGCCCUGUGAUGACUGGAAUGGUCAUGAAAGACGAUUCAAACUCAAUCCUUCUACAAAAAAUAACUACCAACACUGAUGGAAUGUCUCUAGUGACACGCAGCGGUAUCAGUAUUGAUUUAACUCCAGUGACUUACCAAGAACCACUCUACUGGUGUUCCAUAGCAUAUUACGAAUUGAAUUCUAGAGUUGGUGAACUGUUCCAGGCCUCUAGUACUAGUUUAAUUGUGGAUGGUUUUACAGACCCAUCGAACAAUUCUGAUCGCUUCUGCCUAGGAUUGCUGUCAAACGUCAAUAGAAAUUCUACCAUAGAAAAUACAAGAAGACACAUUGGAAAAGGGGUUCAUUUGUACUAUGUCGGAGGUGAAGUGUAUGCAGAAUGUUUGAGUGACAGCAGUAUCUUUGUGCAAAGUCGAAACUGUAACUAUACUCAUGGCUUCCAUCCAACAACUGUUUGUAAAAUUCCACCGGGCUGCAGUUUAAAGAUCUUCAACAACCAGGAGUUUGCCGCUCUCCUCUCCCAGUCUGUCAAUCACGGUUUUGAAGCGGUUUACGAACUGACCAAAAUGUGCACGAUACGCAUGAGUUUCGUGAAAGGUUGGGGUGCCGAAUAUCAUCGCCAAGAUGUGACCAGCACACCUUGCUGGAUUGAAGUGCAUUUGGCCGGUCCGCUGCAAUGGCUGGAUAAAGUGCUAACCCAGAUGGGAUCGCCACAUAACCCUAUAUCGUCAGUAUCGUAGUGUUAGCUUUAAAAAGAAGUUGACUUUCCUCAUGUCAGUGAAACGUCAUUGUGCGCAUGAAUGAACAGUUACUGUCAAGACAAUUCCUUCUUAAUACGAUAAGCAUUUUAAAGUAUCUUGAGCAAGGUGGAUUUAUGUUGAAAAAAAAAUGGAUGCAAAGUCUGUACACAGAACGCCUUUCUUUCUAUACAAGACAGGGGUCAUGUUUUUGUCCAAUGAAUUCCCUUGUCUAAUUAUACCUGGUACUUGAUAUAUUAAGAUUUUUCUUUUUAUUUUGAAUUGGUUACUGAUAAAAUAAAACCAUGUAAUUAUGGAUUAUAAACUAAUCUAAAUUUGAGAUUACUGUUUGAACAUUUAAUAAUAGACUGAUAUGGAAGUGAAAGCAAACUUUACGCUGAUAAAGAAAUAGCGCAGGUCCCCAAAGUUUACCUGCAAGAUGGAGAGUACAUGUUAUUGUGUUUAGUGUUGUCAGUUUUCUAAUGUGCUAUCUUUCUUGUCUGUCACAUGUCCACAGACGUGCAUGGUACUUAUUGUUGUAAUGCACAAUUCUGUUAUUGUUGGAUGAACUCUACCACGUUGGUAAUAAUACUGACUCCAUGUACCGAUUUAAUAAAAAAAAAAGGGAACUUACAAAGUAAUUUAUUUUUAUUUUCCUUUCCUCCUGACUUUUUUUUCACUCUUUAUUUUUGUUAUUCAGUGUCUUGUUACAAAAAAAUUACAAGCAAGACUGUGGUUAUCUAUUUUUGUCAGCUGUUAAUCCUGUGUAUUGCCUAAGAAAGAGUAUCUGAACAUUCCCCAGUCACAAAACUUAACACACUUCAUUUUUUUUUUUUUUGUAACAUACUUGAAAUGAAAAAGUAAUUGACACUGUUGUAGUAUUUAUCACACCAGCUUUUUCUUAAGGUUGUAUAUGUGAAGAUUGAUUCUGAUUAAUUAAAUGAAAUUAGCGGUAGGUGUGCUUCACCCACUGUUGUGUAUCCCUGCCUUGCAAUACGCACCCUAGAACAGCAAUGAUGAAAAGCUCUCUAGGUUAACAGAUAUGUUCAUUGUUAGACUGCGGGGGAGUCGUCACCUGCUCAUUCGCCAAACGGCCAUAGUGUGUUUACAAACAAGCGUCUAUCCAUGAGCCUGUGCAUUUUUAGCAUGCGUUAUCAUCGCUUGCAUAGGUGACGACCCCUCUGCUUUAGAUAAUUGUGCCCAUAUAUUUUCCCCCACAAAAUAUUUGCCACUUUUCUUCCCAUGUAAGUUUUUGUGAAUGCAUUCGCCGUUAUGUGCUUGUUCUGGUAAUCAUGUCUUCAGCCAAGAUUUGUGUAUGUAAGUACGUAGUGAAUAGAAUUCAUUAUGGCAUCAUUUCAACAAUGUUAAUAUUAAUGAUAGAUAGUUCAGUCCUUCGUCUGAUUGGAAUUUAUGUUCCGUUUAAUAUCAAUAAAAUAAUACUGAUUACAUUUCCUGAU